CUAUUGUAUAAGCUCCGCCCUGGUCGUUGGAAUUUUCAUGGCUUUUGACAAGAAGUGUUUCACCUCACCGUCCAACCUGCCUGCUCUCAUCACUCUGCUACUGUUGUAUGGGUGGUCAGUUACACCCAUGAUGUAUCCUCUGUCCUACGUAUUCAGUGUCCCCAGUACAGCGUACGUCUCUCUGUCCUGCAUCAACCUGUUCAUUGGCAUCAACAGCAGUGCCGUCACCUUCAUCCUGGAUCUGUUUGAAAACAAUCAGGUGAGGAGCAGAGCCACCGUCGGCAUAUGAGUAAUUAUUAUCAUCGUCACACCAAGGAAAAGAAGUAGAAAAGUCAGAGGAGAGGGUAGAAGCAGAGGAAGUGAGCUCAUCUGUUACAGCUGUGACUGUGACAGGUGAUUACAGUCGGUUCUUCACACCAGAUGGUUCUCCCCGGUGUACAUCUGUGCGUCUCCUCUUCUCACCCAUCAUUGAGUUUGUCACUGACCAUUGAAUAUCAUGGCAAAUGAGUCUUAGGAAAAUAACUACUGGUGACAUGAUUAAUGUUUGAAAUUAAAAGGUUUUUUUUCUUUUGUAUUUGUACUUCAGUAAAUCACUAAUACCUUAGUUUUAAUACGUACUAAUACAUACCUCUUCUGGUCUAU